AUGAGUCCGCGAAACGAACCUAUUGCUAUCGUUGGUACAGGCUGCAGAUUCCCCGGCAAGUCGAACACACCAACAAAGCUAUGGGAACUCUUACAGAAACCACGUGACCUGUCAACAGAGAUUCCGCAGAGCAGAUUUAACUCCAGCGGCUUCUACCAUCCAGAUAGCGCUCAUCAUGGCACCUCAAACGUCCAAAAGUCAUAUUUCCUGGAUGAAGAUGUCCGGCAAUUUGACUCAAAGUUUUUCAAUAUUUCGACAGCUGAAGCCGAGUCUAUGGAUCCUCAACAACGCAUGUUACUCGAAGUUGUCUAUGAAGCCAUCGAAUCCGCAAAUCUCUCAAUGGAUGAGCUGAAAGGCACGCCAACAGCCGUCUACGUUGGACUCAUGUGUGAUGACUAUUCGGGCCUCAUUUUUUCAGAUAUGGAGUCUGUACCCACCUACGGCGCAACAGGAGCAGCGCGAAGUAUUCUCUCGAAUCGGAUAUCUUAUUUCUUCGACUGGACUGGCCCGUCUUAUACGAUUGAUAGUGCGUGUUCGUCUAGUCUUGUUGCUGUACACCAAGGUGUUCAGGCUUUGAGGAAUGGAGAUUGCUCGGUUGCGCUGGCUGCUGGCGCUAAUCUUAUUUUGAGUCCGAGGAUGUUCAUUGCCGAGAGUAAGCUCAAGAUGCUUUCUCCAAAUGGGAAAUGUCGGAUGUGGGAUGCAGAUGGAGAUGGUUAUGCUAGGGGCGAAGGUCUGGCGGCGGUCGUUCUCAAACGUCUAAGCGAUGCAAUAGCAGAUGGCGAUCCCAUCUCCUGCGUCAUCCGAGAAACUCACGUCAACCAAGGCGGUCGCUCUACCGGUCUUACGGUCCCCAAUCCAGUCGCUCAAGUAAAUCUUAUUCGACAGACAUACGCAAAAGCAGGCCUCGACUUAUCUCGGGCUGAAGAUCGUCCACAGUAUUUUCAAGCUCAUGGUACCGGAACCAAGGUCGGAGAUCUGAAUGAAGCCACUGCCAUUCAUAACACGUUUUUUAAUCACCCAGAAGAGAGUCAAGAUCAAGAGAAAUUAUAUAUAGGCAGUAUCAAGACUGUCAUAGGGCAUUCUGAAGGCGCAGCAGGUAUUGCCGGGUUGCUUGAAGCGAGUCUUGCUGUUCAGCAUAGCGUUAUUCCCCCAAAUCUCCAUUUCGAGAAACUUAAUCCAAAAUUAAAACCGUUCUACGAUGGGUUGGAAGUCCCAACGGUGGGAAGAGAAUGGCCAAAAACUAAGAACGGCGUAAGGAGAGCGAGUUGUAAUAGUUUUGGUUUUGGUGGGACGAAUGCGCAUGUGAUUCUGGAGAGUUAUACUGCUGUAAAUUUGCCUAUUCUUGUUGAAGGCGGCUCAGAUGCCGUCCAUCUUCCAUUCGCAUUCUCUGCCGCUUCAGAGCGGUCACUAGCUUCGCUCCUUUCGAAUUAUUCUCAAUACCUUGACGUCAAUCCUGACACAGAUCUGCAUGCUCUGGCAUUAAUCUUGUUGACUCGACGAUCAGCAUUCACCCACAAGAUAGCUUUCACUGCUCAGACAGCCUCUGGGCUUCGUUCCAAACUCAUUACCGAGCUGGAGCGCAAGUCAGCUGGCGCAUUCGGAACUGUUGCUUCAAGACCAAGUACAAAGGCGAAACGAAUGCUUCUGGUCUUUACAGGUCAAGGUGCUCAGUGGGCAACUAUGGGCUCCGAACUCAUUUCCACCUCGUCGCUCGCAAGAGAAAUAUUGAGCCAGCUAGACAGAUGCUUAGCUCAACUUCCUGAGGCGUACAGACCGAACUGGUCCCUUGCCUCCGAGCUGGCUGCACCAGCAGCAACUUCUCGGAUUAGCGAAGCUGCUAUCUCGCAACCGCUCUGUACAGCUAUUCAGAUCAUUCUCGUUGAUCACCUGAGAGCGGCAAACAUCAAUUUCUCAGCUGUAGUAGGUCACUCAUCCGGCGAGAUCGCCGCAGCGUUCGCAGCUGGUUUCAUCUCUGCCCAGUCAGCCAUCAAGGUCGCGUACCUCAGAGGCCUAUUUGCCAAACUCGCAGGUGCUGGUAAAGCAGGAGCUAUGAUGGCUGUUGGUAUAUCGAUGUGCGAAGCUCAAGAAUUCUGCCAGCUUGAAGCUUCCAAAGGCAGAAUUGUUGUUGCUGCUAGCAAUUCUUCAAACAGUGUCACAUUAUCGGGAGACUCGGAUGCUAUUGAUGAAGCGAUUGGCUAUUUUCAUGCGAAGGAGGUGUUUGCUAGGAAGUUGAAGGUUAAUACGGCGUAUCAUUCUCACCAUAUGAUUCCAUGCUCGGAACCUUAUUCAAAGGCUUUGAAAGACUGCAAUAUCCAGCUUGAGGCAACAAGAGAAGAUACUUGCACGUGGUACUCGAGCGUUCUCCAUGGCCAGGUCGUGCAAACCUGCGAUGCUUUGACGGGCCAGUACUGGGUAGACAACAUGCUACAUCCAGUCUUGUUCUCACAAGCUUUGACGACUGCCAUGGAAGCUGGCUUCUAUGACUUCGUCAUCGAAGUUGGUCCCCAUCCCGCGCUCAAAGGUCCAGCUUCACAAACUUUGCAAGAAGUCUCGGGGUCAAAGAAAAGCAUUCCCUACACAGGCCUUCUCGCUAGAGGAAGCAACGCCAUUCAGACUUUCUCCGCCGCUCUCGGUCUCCUCUGGAUGCACUUCGGAAUCAAGUCUUUCUCUGCAACUUCUUAUUCCCAACUUUUCAACCCAGCCACAAAUCACAAACCAUUAACAAACCUCCCAACCUACCCAUGGGAUCACGACCGUCCUCUUUGGUACGAAUCUCGCAUUUCCAGAUUGACACGUUCUCGCUCCUCAUCCCCGCACCCCCUGCUGGGAAUACCAAGCACAGACCAAGCAGAAGGCGAACAUAAAUGGCGGAAUUACUUACGUCUGAACGAACUUCCUUGGCUUAGCGGGCAUAAAAUUCAAGGCCAGAUUAUUUUCCCUGCUGCAGGGUAUGUGGUCAUGGCUCUCGAGGCUGCGAACAUUAUUGCUUCUGAGGCGGGAGAGAGUUCCGGUCUGGAGAUGGUUGAGAUUAAGGAUCUCACCAUCGGGAAGGCGGUUGCGGUUGAAGAUGACGGGAGUGGAGUGGAGAUCAUGUUUUCUGUGAAGACGACGAUUGCUGGGAACCUAGAGUUUAGCUGUCAUGCUUGCUUGAGCAGGGACACUGGUUCUUUGGUCCUUGCUGCUUCUGGAAGACUGGUCCUUCGCUACGGAGAGGCUUCAGCGACUAGCUUGCCAAGGAGAGAGGAGAGGGUCAUCAAUGAUCUAAGGAGCGUGGAUAUUGAUGCGUUUUACGAAUCUCUUGCCGAGAUGGGAUAUGGAUACACUGGCCCAUUCCGAAGUAUCACUUCUUUGCAACAAAAGUUGGAAUUUUCUACUGGGAUUAUCAGCAACGAAAACCUUGAGCAACAAGAAGAUCAAAUGAUGAUGCAUCCGGGUACGAUUGAUACUGCGAUCCAGACGCUGUUUGCUUGUAUGGGAACUCCUGGUGACGGAAGUCUCUGGUCCAUGCACGUUCCUGUUCUCAUCAGGAACAUUCGAAUCAAUCCUCCACUCUGCGAAAGCAAGGAUCUACUGUUCGACGCUGCGCUGGCCGAUAGCCAGAACAGUAAUCUCUGCGGAGACGUCACGCUUUAUGACCGUGAGAGCAAGAACACUCUGAUGCAAAUCGAAGGAGUUGAAGUCAAGCCUUUGAUGGCUGCUACUCCAGCUGAUGACCGACAUCUAUUCCAUGAGCUCGUUUGGGGAACCGCUGAACCUGAUGCGUCGUUGGUUUAUAGAAAGACUCCAUUCUCACCUGCUGAGAUUAGGAAAACGGAAGUGUUGGAGAUGAUGUGUCUUUUCUAUCUGAAGCAACUGGACGAGGCCAUCGGAGGUGAAGAGCGGGAAAACUGCAGUUGGCAUGCAAAGAGAAUCCUGGAUUUUGCAUCACAUGUCCUGAGCGAAACAAAAGAAGGGAGACACAAGUCCUGUAUGGUCGAAUGGCUGGAACAUACAUGGAACGACAUCGCCGCUGUUGGUGAUAAAUACGCAGCCGAUGUUGAUUGCAGACUGAUUCACGUCGUCGGCACGAAACUCAUCCCUUUCGUCAGGGGCGAAACCUCAAUAUUGGACCACAUGAUGGAAGAUGGCCUCCUCAAUAGCUACUAUCAAAAUUCCGAGCUUCUGGAGUACAACGAAUACGCAGGACUAAUCGCAGCUCAAAUUGCGUUCCGCUAUCCUCUCGUCAAAGUUUUGGAAAUUGGCGGCGGCACUGGAGGCGCGACAAGAGCGAUUUUGAAGCAUCUGGACAAUAAAUACUCGUCGUAUACGUUCACAGAUAUCUCCAUUUCGUUCUUUGAGCAAGCUCAGGAGACAUUUAGAGACAAUGGUCGAAUUUUGUAUGAGUCGCUAGAUAUCGAGCAGGAUCCUACUACGCAGGGCUUCAGGGAGCAUUCCUAUGAUCUCGUCAUUGCAUCCAACGUCUUACAUGCAACCAAAGUCCUCGACCAGACAAUGACCAAUGUCCGUAAGCUGCUAAAACUAGGAGGAAAGCUACUUGUUCUUGAAGCUAUUGACAAUGGAGCAAUACGAGUUGGGUUCAGCUUCUGCGGAGUCCCAGGAUGGUGGGCAGGUACUGAUGAUGGAAGGAGUCUCUCUCCUUUGAUCACACCUACUCAAUGGAACGAGCUGCUUCUUCGAAACGGGUUUUCGGGAUUGGAUACCAUUACUCCCGGAACAGACUCUCAGCAUCAGCCUGUUGCUGUAUUUGUCUCGUCUGCCGUCGAUGAGCAUAUCUCUCUGCUUCAGAAACCACUCGCUCUUUCAUUGCCAAUCCCAAAACCACAGCUCGAAAUUGUAUUCUUGAUCGGUGGCAAGACGGAAUUCACCAAGAAACUAAUUCAGGCACUGAAGACUAUCCUCGAAGAAUGGAGCACUGAUAUCCAGAUCUUCUCUUGCAUCGAAGAUCUCCUGGCCCUUGAACCAACUUCACUAGUCCACGUCCUGAAUCUCUCCGAACUCGACAAUCCAAUCUUCCAAAAUCUCACCUCUCCUCGUCUUGAAGCCUUCAAAUCCCUCCUCAACACCUCCAAAUCCUUCCUUUGGAUUACAAGCGGUGCUCGAUCCUCAUCUCCUUACUCAAGCAUGGCACUUGGUAUUGGACGAACCCUCGUGCACGAAAUGCCACAUCUUCGCUUACAAGUCCUCGAUGCUUCCGAACCAGAAAAAUUGAGCGCAAAGUUGGUAGCUGAGGCAUUCUUGAGGAUUGUGCUUGUGGAUAGUUGGGAGAAUGAUAUUUAUGCGCCGAAGAGGUUGUGGUCGAAUGAGCCAGAGCUUUGGAUUGAGGGAGGCAAGACGCUGGUUACGAGGGUCGUGGCAGAGAAGGGCGCAAACAGGAGACUUAUGGCCGAACGAAGAGUUGUUGAGGAGGAAGUCGAUCUUGAUCAGGUGGCCGUGGAUGUUGUUGCUGGCGGUGAGGGGUAUGAGUUGGUGAAGAGAGUGGAUAAUGAUAUGCCAGAGUUGAGCCCGGACUUGGUUGAGAUCAAAGUCACGCAUUCUACAUCACUGGCUGUCAAGGUUGCAGGUGCAGGAUAUCUCUAUUUGAUCAUUGGUGAGGCCAGCACAUUUGGUGGGAGAGUCGUCGCUGUGUCAAAGGCUCUGGGGUCCACGGUCGUGACUCCCAUUUCCUGGACGAUACCUUGGAAUAUUCAGCUUGGAGAAGAAGCAACUUUGCUUUCAGCCAUUGCUUCAGAUAUUCUUGCUCAAAGCCUAAUGGAAACUCUUCCAGCCAAAGGCACCUUGCUACUUCUUGAGCCGGAGGACUUCCUCGCUACUGCGAUCUCAAAACGAGCAAGAUUCAUGGAAGUGAAAUCUUGCUUCAUCACCGCAAAGGAGCAGCCCUGCUCCAAGAAUUGGAUUUAUGCGCAUCCUUUCUCUACUGACAGAGAGCUUGCAUCCAAGUUGCCAAAAGAUACAUCUGCUUUCUUUGACUUCUCGAUGAAGGAUCAUGAGUUUGCUCAUCGCAUCAAGUCAAUGCUCCCAAAUCAUUGCGUUAAGGCAGAUUCCACGAUGCUGUUCAGUAAAGUCCCUUACUUUGCUCAAAAUGCAACCUCUAGACAAGUCGCAGAUACCUUGAGUAUUGCUCUUACUAGCUCACUCUCUGAACUUCAUUGCUCGAGGGGUCAAAUCUUGUCAAAGGUUCUAUCUGCUCGAGAGAUCUCCCGUCUGUCGACUCAAGAUGAAGGUAUCAGAACCAUCGACUGGACUGCUUGUCCAAUGCUUCCAGUUCGUAUCCAAUCUGCACGAUCAUCGAUGACAUUCAGAUCCGAUAGGACUUACCUCCUUGUCGGUCUGUCUGGCAAUCUCGGCAGAUCAUUGUGCGAAUGGAUGAUUAUUCAUGGAGCAAAGCAUAUCGUCUUGACUAGUCGCAAACCACAGAUCGAGCAGAACUGGCUCGACGAGAUGCAAGAACUUGGCGGGAACGUCAAGAUAAUGGCUAUGGAUGUUUCUGACCGCGACUCUCUCCUCGCUACCUACAAAGAGAUCGGCAGCACACUCCCACCCAUAGCCGGAGUUGCCAACGCUGCCAUGGUCCUGAACGACACCCUUCUUACCAACAUGACGUUCUCUGACAUGGAAUAUGUUCUCAAGCCCAAAGUCGACGGGUCACGUUUCCUAGAUGAGCUCUUCCCAAACAACGAUCUUGAUUUCUUCAUCCUGUUCGGCUCGUCGGUCGAUGUGAUGGGUAAUUCGGGACAAGCGGCAUACUGCGCAGCCAAUAUGUUCAUGAACAGUCUCGUUGCCUCUCGUCGCAAGCGCGGCCUUGCAGGCUCUCUCAUUGGUCUAGGAGAAGUGAAGGGAGUCGGAUACGCGGCUAGAUUAAAUCGCAAACUGAACGACAUUAUCGGAGCUACGUUACCUCUUUCUGAGAAAGAGGUCCAUCAUAUCUUCGCUGAAGGAGUGUUGAGUGGUCGACCUGAUAGUGGGAGGAACACGGCUUUGUACGCAGGCAUGAAUUCCAAGGAUCCGAAGCAGGAUCCUGAUAUUCUUUGGUAUCCGCAUCCGAAGUUUUGGCAUUAUAUUGAGAGUGGAGAUGGAGCUGCGGUUUUGGAUACCGAUGAUGCGGUUGUGAAUUUGAAGACGAGACUCGCAGAGGCGAAGAAGGUGGAGGAUGUCUUAAGCAUUGUUACUGAUGGCUUCACAAUGAAGCUCAAGCACAAACUACAGAUGUCAUCUGAGACAACUGUGUCCCCUGACACCGUACUCCAGGAACUAGGCAUCGAUUCCUUAGUCGCGGUUGACCUGCGAGCUUGGUUUGUUACGGAAUUGGGCAUCGAUAUGCCGAUUCUCAAGCUCCUCGGAGGAUCAACGAUCAUUGAUCUGGUUACCAAUGCCGUUGGUCGUCUUCCUGCAGCUUUGCUCCCGUCGGUUCCCGCAGAGGUAGCAAGCGACCUUGCGUCCAAGGAGAACGUUUUAGUUCCGAAUGGACUCGGCGGUCUUGAUCUCAUUGCUUCUGCUCCAGUUCCCGCUCCUGCACCUGCGCCUGCCACUUCUCCCGCUCCCAUCGUAGAAUCGCCACCGGAGCCCAUAGUCGAAGAAAAACCAUUCACGAGGAGCCAUUCCAGGAACAUAUCAGAUGCGUCCUCGACUGCCGAAUCACAAAACCCCGGACUACACUUCUCAUCAAUUUACUCUCGCGACUCAUCAUACGCCUCUCUCGUAGAUCACAACGAUAUGGCCGAGAAACUCAAACACCGUCUUGAGACCACAAAUUCAGACUUUGAAAACUCGAGCAGUGAAGGCGAUGGCAGUCCUGUUUCCCCAUCCGGUGACAGCUCGGAUGAGAUGGAGAAGGUUGGUACGCCUGAAUCCGAUGAAUUUCUGGACAUCUGUCAAGAUGGAGCAGAGGAGGAGAUCGAUUUGAAGAUGCUGAACCAAGGAUGCGGUUUUCUUUGAGCCUUCUACAAACUUGUUCGAAAUUGAGUUGUUACUAGUGUACUGGGAAAUCAGCAUAGCUUUCUCUAUUUCUGAUCUCGUAUGUUCGUCAUGGAUUGUACUUGGUCAUAGAGCCGGAUGCUUCAGUGCUUUUAUGGGUGGUAUGCCUGGCGUUUUGCUUUUGUGAUGCUGGUUAUUCUAGGUUUUGCAUUUUCGGGAUAGGGUCUGCGUUUACAAUUGGAUCUUAAUGAAUAAUGAACUAUGCC